GUGUGACGUGACCUGAAGGUCAAGGACAUCAGAUGUUAUCUUGGGGUAAACCAAAAAAAUUAUAGACAAAUGCCGGUUUUGAGGUUUCGUAGCUUUCAUAAAGUUCAAAUUGCGUGUAGUAUUCAACAGAGUUGUUUAAAUUCAAUACUUAAAAUGAGCACGAAAUGGGAGUCUGAAAAGGAACGGGUUGCGUCUUUGCCUUUAGAGGAGAAAAGAAAAUUAUAUAAAUCCACCGACUACAUUGUUGUCAAUAAAGUCGAGUCGUGGUGUAAAUAUUUUGUGAAAAACAAUGGUUUAGAGGCAAAGAAACCUGUCGCUGAAGAUGUAACCGAAUUCCGAAAGAUAAAAAUAGAUUCGGAGAAGAAUAAAGAACUUGCUGAUAAAGUUUCUAUUUUUAAAGGCGAUAUAACUAAGUUGGAGGUGGAUGCAAUAGUGAAUGCCGCAAAUUCCAUGCUAAAAGCCGGUGGUGGAGUUGACGGAGCCAUACAUCGUGCUGCUGGACCAUUGCUACAACAAGAAUGUAACUCCCUUGGAGGAUGUCCUACAGGCGAGGCAAGAAUCACAGGAGGGUACAAUUUACCUGCCAAGUAUGUUAUUCACACAGUUGGGCCUCAAAACGGAUCAGCGCCGAACCUCAAAUCAUGUUAUGAAAAUAGUCUUGCAUAUGCUUCACAACAUAAGCUCGAAUCUAUUGCCUUCCCAUGCAUCUCCACUGGGAUAUAUGGAUUUCCUAAUCGUCUCGCUGCUCACAUUGCUCUAUCUACGGCACGGAAGUUUCUAGAAAACAAUAGCAACAUGGAAAGAAUAAUUUUCUGCACAUUUAUGCCCAUCGAUGUAGAAAUUUAUGAAACAUUGAUGCAAAUGUACUUCCCUAUACACGAAGGUAAUUACUGAGUAUUACUUAUACUAAGGAUUUUUCUUUGGGUUAAAUAGAAAACAACAGCUAAAUAAAUUCAUAUCUGAAUUAA